GUUACCGAGGAGCAGAAGAAGCAGCCAGUCCAGCCGAGGGGGUUGGACUUUGCGCCAAAGUAACUCCAGUCUGCGCAGCUUUGACUCCAUGUCUGGAGCCGCAGCAGCAAGAAGCAAUCAGAGGCUGAGCGACCCGAUUUCAGGAAGACAGGAGGCGGCGGACGGAGCUCAGAUUUCCUUUCUGACUGGAACAAAGGAGAGGAAAAGAUUUUUUUAAAAGAUCUUGAGGUAGGAACGCCUUCACUUCCCCACGGAGCGCAGGAAAAUCUCCCGCAUCUGCGUGAAAACUGAAGGAGCGCCCUGCUGCCUCACAGCCAUGAGCUCACAGACUAGUUAUGGGAACUUUCUGUUCCAGACCAUCGACGGCGACCUGAACGCAUCGCUUGCGGUCGCAGAAGAGUUAUCCAAGGAAUUUAGCUCCAUGAUGCAGGAGGCUUCCUCCAACGACCAAAACACUUCGUCUGACUUUAAGACCAGUUCUUCCGUCUCCAGAGACAGACAUCUUUCGUCUGGACCUUCCAGCCUCCCCAGCUCCACGUAUUCGCCGAGCAGCACCAAUGGCAGCUCCAGCUCCAGCUCCAAACCGCUCUCUCCAAGCUCCACGUAUUACACCAGUGACUCGGUCGUCUCCAGCAGCAGGAACGCUCCGUCACCCCCCGUCCACUCCAACAGCCCCCACUCCUCUCCUAAGAUACACCGGGUAGUGCACAACACGCACCGGCGGACCGGAUCAGACGGCUACCUGUUUACGCCGCAGAGCCCCAAACAGCCGCCCCGCUCGCCCAGGCCCGACUCCCCGUCUUAUUUUGAAAGGAGUCCACAAGGCCUGAUUAGUCACAGGGAAAGAAGUCAACCCUCGAGCUGGACAGCCGGUUCUUUGGACCCGUCACCCCGCCCGGUUCCACAGCAGAUGUCCCAAAACUUGCUGACUUCGUAUGACAGCAACCAGAAGGGCCACAGGUCUCCUCAGCCAGAUAAAGUCCCUUCCGCAGGGUUCCAGAGAUCGUUCUCUCCUCUGUCUUUAAACUCUCAAACAUCCAGCACCCUUCCUCGAAAUUUUACCCAAGUCAGUCAAACUGAAGAGUCUGUGAAAAGACAAAAAGGUCCAGGCAAGUGGAACGAAACAGAUCUGGAUGUGUCCUACGAGAGGAAACCUCAACACACCUAUGACACGACAGAAUGGCGUCGAUCACCUGCUCCGAACAGCAACUGGCGGGAAUCCAACCUGGAUAACCCUGCUCCAGCCUUAAACCCUAAAAAGGAUCCUCGCUCAGUUCCCCACCAGGGUUCCUACAGCUCUUUGCCCCGCGGAGCUCGUAUAGCUGUUCCACCAGAUGCCUCGUCCUCAGGACACUCCCCUUAUGGCCCUCAGCCAAUCGUCUCCCGUGUCAACAUGCCUCCCUUAUCUUCCUUGCCUCGCCAAAGUAGGCGUAUACCAAUCUCUGUCAUCCUGCGCCUGCAAAAUCCCCACUAUGGACAAAUGUCGGCCCUCCAAAAUCAGCCAAUGGAAGGACAAGGAGACUUUGCACAUUACCGCAUGCCUGAAGCGGCUCCGAGGAAGUUCUUUCAGCCCCCUGCCUAUCCCUCACAGCCUUAUCCACCUGAGCUGAGACAACCUGCUGUUUAUAGUGACGCACUACAUGCAGAGGAUGUAGAUGCAGAGAUACAGCGCCUGGAUAUUCUCCACAAUCCGCCAGCUUUGGAGACUCCUGCCGUGCCAAGGGCUGGUGGAGAGGUCGAACAGGUUGUGACCCCAGCUCCCCGACCCCUCAGCCCCACCAGGUUGCAACCAGUGGUGGCCCCGGAGGUCCAGAACCCUGAAAUCCCGGAUCGGGAGGAGCUGCUCCGCAUCAGGGCUGAAAUCCCCCGGGCGCUGAAGAGACGUGGCUCUGUGGACGUUUCUCGGUCCCCGAAGAAAACCUCGCAAUACCAGCCAAACCAGUAUAAAAACAUCAUCCACAAGCUAUUUCAUAGGAAAGAAAACCGCAACAAGGGGGAGAAAGGUAGCGACAGCUCCUCUGACGGGGAGGAACCUGCCAUGCCUCCCAAUCCUCCACCCACAACCCGGACGCCUUCAGUCAUUCCACAGGAUGAAAAAUACAACUCCAUCCUGAGGAAGCCGGGUCGCAAGAAAUCUGGAAGGCGAGCUAGACUUAGCCCACUGGUUCUGCUGCUGGAUGGAGCGUUGAUGGGAGAAAUGGACACAGUGAUGCGAGGCGUGAAGGAGAUGAGUGACCCCAGCCAAUCGAAUGAUGAGGGCAUCACCGGUUUGCACAAUGCCAUCUGCGGUGGACAUCGCGAAGUCACUGACUUCCUGGUCCGCAUUGGAGCGAAUGUCAGCGCCCCAGACAGCCAUGGCUGGACUCCGCUACAUUGCGCUGCCUCCUGUAACGACCGUGAAAUGUGCGAGUAUUUGGUGAGGAACGGAGCUGCCGUCAUGGCCUUCACUCACAGAGAUGGAGCCACCGCCUCCCAGAAGUGUGAUCCUUACCUUGUUGGGUUCGAGGAGUGCGAGAGCUAUCUAAGAGCUAAGGAGGAGUCCAUGGGGGUGGACAACAACGGAGUGCUGUACGCUCUGUGGAGCUACCAGGCUCAGGCACCUGAUGAGCUGAGCUUCAAGGAGGGAGACAUGGUCACCAUCCUGCAGAAAACGGACGGCUCCGACUGGUGGUGGGCCUCGCUCUGUGGCAGGGAGGGCUUUGUCCCAAACAAUCUUUUUGGGCUUUUCCCAAAGGUUCGUCCAAAAUCUCUCUGCUAAGGGAUCUUCUGGACAUGUAUGGUGGCGAAUCUGCUGCACCACGCCACAAUGUUAUUUUACUCAAAUGUGAGAAAACUGCAUUUCUGCAAGACAUGGAACUUCUUCUGAUGUUCUCGAAGGACACACGGAAAAUGUUCGAAGAGGAUACGUUGUCAUUCAUGCAUGCCGCCUGGAGAAAAUGUUAAAUCUCUGCAUUCAAGGUGACCACUCUGUCCAACUUUACGAAGGUUACAGAGCUGUCAUCCUCCGAGUCGAUCUGCUUUAGUCAGACUUCUGACUCACUUCCUGGUUAAAGAUCAAACUGAGGCUGUUGGUGUUCAGUCCAUUCAUCGGUUAGGUCAGCGUAGGUGUCAAGAAACCCACAAUAAGUCGGUUUAGACAUGGUUCCAGUUUACACCCAAGAUGCAUCACCAAGUCAAAGAACGGAGUCUGAUGUUGAAGUUUGAAGUUUUCACAUUAUCCAGCUGUAUAUGUUAUUUUUAGUAGUUUUGGCAUUGGUCAAAUAUUAGAUUAGAGCUACUUUGUGGAUUUUUAUGACCACAUUCAUGAUAACACUGAAUGAAUGAGAUGUGACUUUACAUAGUAUUAUUAGAACUGAUGAGUAUUUGCUUAAGUCAUUGCACAAUGUUCGUUUGGUUGUUUUCAUGUUGCCUUUAAAUAUGAAUCAUGUUGGAAAGGGACUGAGUUUACUAUGAGUAAAGUGAAAGAUUUUCUGAUGCAUGAGGGAAUGCAUGUGUGUGUUGGGUGUAAUGUUUUUUUUUUCUUUCUGCGCGCUGUUUUGCCUGUGAAAUUUUACUCAAAGUGGAAUAACAUAACUAAAUGUUUAGACGGUAAAUAUAUAAGAUCUGUUGUCAGUUUUCUCAAUUAAAUCAUCUGUUACAGUGACACUUAUUGGCACCACUAAUAAAGAUGUGUAAAAGCUUAAAAAAAAUAAA